ACCCGGGGGCAGGCCCAGUCCGCCCACCGCAGGAAGGAGCCUUCAAAAGGUCCUUAAGAGGAAGCAGAGUCUUCAGGUUCUUAGAGCAAAGGCUUGAUGAUCCAAAAAAGUCACUCACAGUGGUCAGGAGAGCUGAAUUUUAAUCCUCUGGCCAAAACACUGUGUAACCUUGGACCAGUGCUCUGCCCUCGGUAUCUCUGCCUGUCUGCACUAUGGAGUUAAAAACUACACAGUGCUUGUACGGACGCUGCAAGAACGAGGAUGACUGGUUUGGUUUUGUGUGAACCAACAGAGCUUUACAACAUCUUGAAUCAGGUCACAAAACUAUCCAGAUUAACUGAACCCAACUAUCUCUGUUUAUUGGAUGUGCGUUCCAAACGGGAGUAUGAUGAAAGCCAUGUGAUUACAGCCCAUCUCGUGAAGAAGAGGGCAGGUGAAUAUCUUGUCCCGGAGUCUGUGGAUCUGGAGUGUGUGGAAUACUGUGUGGUGUAUGAUAACAGCACCAGCUCCCUGAAGGGAAUCCUAAAAGGUGACAGUGGUGAUGACAACACUGAUGAAGGCGAUCAAGGAAUUGUGCUUGGAGCUGCCAUUGAGUGUGGCAGAACCCUGACUCACCUCACCCGCCACCCCAUCCAUAUCCUGAGAGGAGGCUACGAGAGCUUCUCGGCCAUGUACCACUUCUUCCGGACACAGAAGAUCAUCUGGAUGCCGCAGGAACUGGAUGCCUUCCAACCAUACCCUGUUGAGAUAAUGCCAGGCAGGAUCUACCUGGGAAAUUUCAGGCAAGCCUGCGACCCUAAAAUUCAGAAGGAUUUGAAAAUCAAAGCACAUGUCAACAUCUCCAUGGAGACAGGGCCAUUUUUUGUAGGUGACGCCAACAAGCUUCUGCACAUCCAGAUAGAAGAUUCCCUGGAAGCCAACAUUACACCCUUUUUACGCCACCUCUGUCACUUCAUUGAAGUUCACCUGGAGCUUGGCUCUGUCAUCCUGGUCUUUUCCACCAUGGGCAUCAGUCGCAGCUGUGCGGCCAUCUUGGCCUACCUUAUGCACCAAAAUGAGCAGACCCUGAAGAGGUCCUGGGCCUACGUCAAGAAGUGUAAAACCAACAUGCGUCCAAAUCGGGCUUUGGUGGCUCAGCUGUCAGAGUGGGAGAAGGUUGUCCUUGGAGACAUCGUCACAGACAUCUUGGAUCCACUCUACUGAUUUUCUCUGUGGCUCAGCUAUGGGUCCAGAAGAACCUGCCUUGGGAGCUUUUUGUGGGUAGUGGGCCAGGGUGUGUAACCAGGAAUGAGAAGGCCUUUGCUGCCUGGAGCCUUUGUGUCAGCCUCCCGCAGUGGUUCUUCCCAGGUUCCUCAUUUGUGCCAGCACAGGAGGUGCUCAGACUCAGCGAGAACCCCCAUCCCUGGGGCAUCCUGGACCCACCCCCACUGCACUCCUGAGGCUGCUUCUGGAGGAGCAUCUGGCUGCCAGAGCAGCUGCCGCUCAUGUCCCCCAUAACAUGGACCCUUUGGAGGCUGCCUGGUGGGAGCUCCAAGGGUUCCCCCAGCCUUGUGUUGCUCCACAGUCACAAUGCCCAUCCAUGGGUGGAGAUCCCCCAGCCCCAGAGAUGCCAAGCUCAGCCUUGGCUCAGGCUGCAGACUUCACAGCUUUGAGAGGCUCCUGGCACAAGGGCAUACCCUUGCCUCAUCCCCAGUUUCAGCACUCCCUACUGCUCCAUCACCUGUACAGAUGUCCUUUCCUUGCUCCUCACUCAUUUUUGCCUGGCUGUGUUCACCAAGAAGAGAUUCUCACCCUCCCAUCCCUCACAACUAGGUUUCUAGAAAUUCCUCCGGUCUCAAAAGGAAUUUUCCUGUGACUGUACUUCUGAGUGCUGGCAGCGCCCACAGAACGAGCCUGGAGUCAGGAGACAAGGGGACUGAUGGAGAAUUUAACAUGUCGGUCCAUGUUCAUCCAGCAAACAUUCCCUGACACCUGGGCAGGGCUGAGGACAUACAGGUGAAUGCCAUGUUGCCUCCUAGGACUCUUUGCAGAGGGUUAGAGUAGCACUCCCCCGUGCCCCAACAGGAGCCCACGCCCUCAAAGAGUGGGGUUUUGCCAGAGGGGUAAGGGCUUUUCAGGCAGUGCAGGCUUUAGUCAGGACUUGAACUGGAACAGAGCCUGGGGUGGCUGCAGAGCGAUGGCUUAGGGACCUCCUGGCAGGAAGGGCAGAGCCAUUGGAAAGUUUUCAGCAGGGACAUGGUGGGGAUUCGCUUUGUGUUUUAGGGCAGUCUGGUGGCUGUGGGAAGGGACACUAGCGGUGAACUUGGAGACAGGGAGACAGUAAAGGGGCCCUUGUAAAAAUCCAAGCGAGAUAAGAGGCUCGGAAUUCCCUCCCUGCCAAAGAGCAGCUUCCCAAGGGAGAAAGUGUUUGAGGCAGGUGGCACCUCCCUGUGCCUUGGUUUAUUCCCUGCCUGACAGGCAAGGACACUGCUGGCUGCACCACACAGUUGGCGCCACCGGGAGUGCCCCGGUUGGGGGCUGCCACCGCCCUCCA